AUGAUGAUCAGACACUUACUCGUGGUGUGCGCGACCGUGCUGAGCGUGGUGCAGGCGGGGAAACAUGACAUCUACUCCGGGCAUUCAGUGUAUGGAGUGCAUGUUCGGAGUAAAGCACAUCAGAUGCUCCUGCAUGAUCUGGAGCCAAUACUGGACCUGGACGUCUGGCAGCACGGCAUUAUCUCGGAGAGGGAAGCUUUCAUCAGAGUAGCACCUGAGAACAAGGAACAUUUCCUGAAUGCUUUGGAUGAAGAAGGAAUAAAACACUACGUCCACUUGGAAGAUGUUGCUCAGACCUUAGAACAGCGAGACAAUGAAAUGAACUCGUGGAGGGCUUCAAGACGAAAUAGAAUGUUGUUCAAUGACUACCCCCGAUAUGAUGAAAUUAAUGCGUUCAUGGAUAGGAUUGCUCUCCAGCACCCCAGUCUGGUCCGCGUUGUCACAGCUGGUAAAAGUUUUGAAGGACGCGACAUUAAAUACUUGAAGAUUUCAACAAGCAACUUCGAAGACAGUAGUAAACCUAUCUACAUGUUGACUGCGAUGAUCCACGCGCGCGAGUGGGUGACCACUCCAACCCUCCUGUACUCCGUGCACCGCCUGGUGGAGAACUUGAGAAGUCAGGAUCGAGACCUGCGGGAGGACAUCGACUGGAUCAUCAUGCCGCUACUCAACCCUGACGGUUACGAGUACUCACAUACGACUGAACGUCUCUGGCGAAAGACAAGGUCGCACAGACCGGAAAUCAAUGCUACAUGCUGGGGUGUGGACGGCAACAGAAAUUAUGAUUCCGUAAACUUUGGUUUAAUUGGGGCUAGCUCGAAUCCCUGUUCGGAUAUCUACCCUGGACCUGAACCCUUCUCGGAAGUGGAGACUGCAUACGUCCGAGACGUUCUGCUGGAACACGUGGACCGGAUCCAAAUAUUCAUGGACGUCCACAGUUACGGCAAUUAUAUAACGUAUGGCUAUGGCGAUGGUUCGUUGCCACCGAAUCCUGUAGAGCUGCACCUGGUGUCUGCGGUGAUGGGGGCAGCUAUAGACAUAUACAAACUGCCUGAGGCUUAUUUCUACAGAGUGGGCAAUAGUGGCAUCUUGAUGUACCCAACGGCGGGAUGUGCUCAAGACUAUGCUCAGUCUAUAGGCGUUCCCUCUCGUUGACACUGGAGCUGCCAAGCUACGGGCAUGAUUUCGAGGCUCCUCCACAGUACAUUGGUCAGAUCAAUGACGAGACGUGGUACGGCAUCGCGGAGAGUGCCAGGCUCGCUCGCAAGUUCUACAGGAUGAGGCCGAGCUCUCCUGUCAACCCUCCAGUUAACCCUCCUAAUAAUAAUUAA